GGCUGGGCCCGCCCCCUGCUGCCAGCCCCACACUCACUCGCACCAGCCGCCGCCAAGCAAGCAGCAACCGCGUCAGAGCCGUCCGGGGGCCAUGCCAGCGAUGCCCGCAGCCCCCGCCGAGCCCCGCGGUACCCGCUGAGUUGCCCCCGGGCCAGGGUUACACAGGCGCCGAGCCGGGCCGCGCGCAGCGGCGCUGCCUGCAUGACCCUCCGGCGGCGCGGGGAGAAGGCGACCAUCAGCAUCCAGGAGCAUAUGGCCAUCGACGUGUGUCCCGGGCCCAUCCGGCCCAUCAAGCAGAUCUCCGAUUACUUCCCCCGCUUCCCGAGGGGCCUGCCCCCCACCGCUACACCGCGCGCCACCGCGCCCCCGGACGCCCCCGCGCGCCCACCCGCAACCAGCGCCGGUCCCCGCAGCCCCUCCGACGGCGGCCGCGACGACGACGAGGAUGUGGACCAGCUCUUCGGAGCCUACGGUGCCAGCCCGAGCCCCAGCCCUGGUCCCAGCCCCUCAAGGCCGCCCGCCAAGCCCCCUGAGGACGAGCCGGACGCCGACGGCUAUGAGUCGGACGACUGCACCGCCCUGGGUACGCUGGACUUCAGUCUGCUGUAUGACCAGGAGAACAGCGCACUGCACUGCUCCAUCAGCAAGGCCAAGGGCCUGAAGCCGAUGGACCACAAUGGACUGGCUGAUCCCUACGUCAAACUACACCUGCUGCCCGGAGCCAGCAAGGCAAAUAAGCUCAGAACAAAAACUCUAAGGAACACUCUGAACCCCACAUGGAACGAGACCCUCACUUAUUACGGGAUCACGGAUGAGGACAUGAUCCGAAAGACCCUGAGGAUCUCCGUGUGUGAUGAGGACAAAUUCCGCCACAAUGAGUUCAUCGGUGAGACUCGAGUGCCCCUGAAGAAGCUGAAGCCCAACCACACCAAGACGUUCAGCAUCUGCCUGGAGAAGCAGCUGCCGGUGGACAAGGCAGAGGACAAGUCCCUGGAGGAGCGAGGCCGCAUCCUCAUCUCACUCAAGUACAGCUCCCAGAAGCAGGGCCUGCUGGUGGGCAUUGUACGCUGUGCACACCUGGCUGCCAUGGACGCCAACGGCUACUCGGACCCCUAUGUGAAAACAUACCUGAAGCCAGAUGUAGACAAGAAAUCCAAGCAUAAGACCGCAGUGAAAAAGAAAACACUAAACCCCGAGUUCAAUGAGGAGUUCUGUUAUGAGAUCAAGCAUGGAGACCUGGCCAAGAAGAGCCUGGAGGUCACUGUCUGGGAUUAUGACAUUGGAAAAUCCAAUGAUUUCAUUGGUGGAGUGGUUCUGGGCAUCAAUGCCAAGGGCGAGCGCCUGAAGCACUGGUUUGACUGCCUGAAGAACAAGGACAAGAGGAUUGAGCGCUGGCACACACUCACCAAUGAGCUCCCAGGGGCUGUGCUCAGCGACUGACUGUCCCAUGUGCCACCGCCCACCCAUGCCACCCAGCCCACACAGGCCCUGCCCUGGGCUUUCUCAGCUGCCAUCAAGGGCUGUGGCCCUCACAGUGCCCAAGAUCCAGGUUGUCUGCUCGGACAUAGCCACUGCAGCCCCUGCUUGGAGGCCAUAGAGCACCCAGCCCCCCAGUCAGGAACAGGAAGACACAACAUUGGACCUGUUUCAACCCCCUGGGGCCCAGGAGAGCUGGAGCUGGGAAGACCAGCCUCAGCUCCGCCCAGAGGAAGGGCUAUCUAGGGUGAGGACCUAUUAGAAGUGAGGGGUGGAACACCACAGAAGUGGGGGUGCUCUGGCUUCCUGGAGGCCACAGAGGAAGGACUAUGGGCAGAUGGAACCUAGGACUGAGGACAGACAACACAACGUAGCCAGCUGGAGUUUCCAACUUACUCAUGCCUGGCAUUGGUGGGCAGAAGAGUCUGAGCUCCCUGCGUGGAGUCCCUGUCUAGGAGGGAAUCUGGGUGUGCACACUGCCACAAAGGGUGAGGCGUACAGGACCAGCCGGCUGUCUACGGGGCUGUGGGUAUUGCUGACUGCUGGAGGGUGGAGGGCAAGGAAGGCAUCUUGGGGGGAGUCAGCACUCAGCACAGCCUUGAAAAGCCAGCUGGGCUAAGAGAAAGCCACACAGAAAGUAGGGAGCCUGGGGCAAGGUGCCAGGGACACGGACAGGAGCCGUGGGGAUCUAGGGUUGUUCUGGGAGAGCAUUAGGUUUUUAGGCAGGAGCUGGGCCUGAUAUGUACAAGUACUAUAGGGAAACAGGUUGAUGGUUCAAGCCCAAGCUCUCCCACGUGGUCUUGCUCCUGUUCUCAGCAGAGGUCCCUUUUCCUCCGCUUCAGGGGAGAUAGAAAGGGACCCUGCUAACAUGAAAAGAAGCAAGUGUCCCUCUAGCCCGCCAUCUCUCCCUUCCUGGUUCCCUCAGCAAGACUCCAUGACAUCGUGGACCUGUCAAGACAGUGGGUUGCCUUCAGGUAUAGCAGUGGAAGACAGAGCCUUGUUUGGGGGAAGGGGUGGGGGCAGGGCUUCUGCCCCAGGAAGCUGAGAGCUCUGGCCUCUUUCUGGGAUACGGCAGGACACAUCUCAGUCUUGAUUCCCCAGAUGUCUCCUGCCACCUGGGGCUCCAGGAAAACAGGAGGAAUGGAGGGCUAAGGAGUUGCACCAUCAUCUCAGAGCCCCGUUUUGUUCAAGCCAUCACUGGGUAACAAGGCAUGGGGGUUCUAAGAGGAAAGAUGCCCUGCUCUAAGCCCAACACCCUCCUACAGCUAAGACAAGGACCCAGGUCAUGACUCUAGGCCAAACUGCUCACCAGCCUUCUCCACUUGGCAGGGAAAACGGGUCUCUAUCCGGCUACCUGUUGCUUACAGAGACUGGGUUUCCCGCUUGAAAAGCCUAUGCCAAUGUUACUGAAUUGGCCAGCACCUUCAUAUUGAAUCUUUGUCGGCUUGUGUGGUAGGUGGCCUGGCCAACCCAUUUUACAAAUGAAAUGGUCUCAGAGAAGUUGAUAAACUUCUAAGACCACCAAGCUGGAAGGAGCUGAGGCAAGACUUAGCCCUAGCUCUUUAACUGUUUGAGGGUGAGCACUCCUUUCCCUGCUGAGUGGCUGGGCCUCGCCCUCUAGCUGGCUUUGAAAUCAUCUGGGCCAUUUAGGGUUUGCCAAAAGACCACAGCCAAGCCCUGGAACUCAGCUGCCCUACCCCCAGCCUGGAGUCAAGGCUGGUGUCUUCCCAAUAUAGCUAGAAAUGGGAGGCUCUGGGGUGCCCCAGGAAGGUAUUUCAACGCACCUGGUUGAGCUCUGAGUAAUUCGGUAUUUGCCCAUUCGGAUGCCCUGUUCGGAGUGGAGCCUUCUGAAGAUACACAAGUCUUUUAGACAUGAGGUGACCGAGGCCCAGCAAGAGAACAGAGCUCAGGUGAGGCAUGAACCUGGAUCCCUCUGUUACCCCAGGCAGUUAAGUGGGAUUGGGCCUCAGACCCCAGGGACAGACAGGGUGGGAGACAGGGCUUCAAGCCCGUUGGCUCACAUGUGAGUGCCCAGGCAAGAACCCACCAAAAAGUGGUGGAAUUUUCCUGGGAUCCUGGGGCAUUUCUAAACCUACAGCACAUUGCAGGAAGGAAAAGCCUUAGGCGGAUCUCUGUGAGUUCGAGGCCAGCCUGGUCUACAGAGUGCCAGGACUAGCUCGAAAGCUACAGAGAAACCCUGUCUCAAAAGACCGAAAAGAAAAAGCCCUCCGAGAAGUCUUGCUUCUGGCUCAUCAGCGUUGCAGAGGGGAAAUUUGAUACCAAAAAACAAAGGUCAUUCCAAAGUUGUGUCAAUAACUAAGGCGCCUUCUGAAUCGGCAUCCCCCUCGCGUCCUGGUCUCCACCGUGCCCUCCGCCAUUAGCCAACCCCACAGCCCCAACAGUCCCGUCUUCCAACUCUGAGGCGGUGACCUCCUGACCUCUAGUGGCGAGAACGAGGAGCUGCACUCAGUGGCCGGUCCUGGCCAAGCAUGUCCUUUGUCCUCCAGCCAAGUGAACCUCCCGAUGCAUGGACUCUGGCUGUCGUCGACGCGGACUCGUGCACUGCUUACGAUUUUGAUACCACGUGACGACUGCAGAGUACGUCCUCAAACUGCAGCGCCACGACACAAUUUUUGUACUUUCGUCUGACCUUCCCGAAGGUGUCCUUUUUAAGUCUUCUUUGUUAAUAUUUAUAACGAUAUAUAAUUCAAAGUAAAUGAGAACGUUGUACUGCGAUCGCACUAGCCCGGGAAACUCCUUGGAAGAUCUGGAGGGCACAAGGGGAAAGGCAACUGGGGCUUACAUGUCGCAUGUAUUCUUUGUUUUUUUGAAAUGGUCUCACUUGUAAAUCCAAUUUAUGGUGA